AUUAAAAUGCCGUUUCUGCAGUGUCGUUUUCUAAAAAAAACUACAAUUCCCAGUAAACACACUAAGGAAGGCUUGUAUGUUGACUGUCAGGACUGUAUGAUGAGGUCGUAGUCUCUCCAGUACAGCAGCUAGAGCAGCAAAUGGUCUGAUCCAGAUCUUGCUGUCAUGAUGGAGGGUGACAACAAACCAGUCUGCGAGCAGAGGUUCAACGCUGCUGUCAAAGUCAUCCAAAGUUUGCCUUCAAACGGUUCAUUUCAGCCUUCCAAUGACAUGAUGCUGAAAUUUUACAGCUACUACAAGCAAGCGACGCAAGGCCCCUGCAACAUCCCUCGACCGGGAUUCUGGGACCCCGUUGGCAAAGCCAAAUGGGAUGCGUGGAAUUCUCUUGGGGAAAUGCCAAAAGAGGAGGCGAUGGCGGCCUACGUGGAUGACUUGAAACUGAUUCUGGAAAGUAUGCCUGUGACGAACGAGGUCGAGGAGCUUCUGCAGGUCAUUGGACCGUUCUACGAGCUCGUGGAUGAAAAGAGGAAGAUAACGCAAGUGUCCGAUUUGAGCACAGGCUUCGGGAGCAUGCUAACCUCACCACCCAAAAGUGUCACAAAAAGCAUCAUCAGGACAAUGGAGAUGAACGGCAGCCUGGACAGUUACUCCGUCAAAGCAGCAGAAACGCCAAAGUCUAAAUCAAUAGAGCUGGAAGAUGAUAAUGAGGAGGAAGAAGCAGAGAAAGACGAAGAAGAGGAGGUUAAAGAGGUGAAAAAAGCCUCACAAUCGAAGAAAAGGUCUUCUACAGGGAGACUUAAAGGACCGGUAUCUAACGGCAAUGUCGGUCAACAUAAAGUCCUUACCAAUGGGACACACGGGUCUGUGUCUGAUCUGAACAGGCAAGAGUCGGAAGAAGACCCUGAAAGCAUUAACCAUGACGGAGACGUCACAGAGCUCAACACACACAUCAAAGAAGAUGUGUCCAGUUCUCACCAUGUGGCCAGCGAUUCGGACAGCGAGGUGUACUGUGACUCUAUCGACCAGUUUGGUGGAGAAGAAGGAUCGGAGAUACACGUCAACCACUCACUGGACGUGGCUGAGGAGAGGCACAGCAGGCUGUCGUCCACAGAGGAGGUCAGGUCACAGGAGGAGCCGCUGGGACGGGAAGAAGGUGUACAGCAUGGUGGAGAAGAUGGACGGGGCAGCCGAGGAGGUUCUCAGAGACAGGGACUUCCUGUGAAUAGAAGUAACAGUUCUGUGGUCAGAAGGAGAAGAGGGUCCAGGUCACCCGCGUCUGGCUCCGGGUCAGCAGGACCGCAGCAGGGCAGUGGGGGAGACGGGGAGCGCUGGGGGACGGGUGGACCUGUGAUGGAGGAUCUGAACGAACAGAUCAUCUGUGCUCUGGCCAGACUGCAGGAAGACAUGCAGAGCGUGUUGGAGAGGCUGCACACGCUAGAAGCUCUGACAGCCGCGCAGGCCCGAUCCUUAGCGCUGCCAUCAGACUACCUGUCUCCACCUGUACAUAAAACUAAGAAGAAGCCAUCCUGGUGGCCUUUUGAUGUGUCUCCUGGAACUGUGGCCUUUGCCGUCAUCUGGCCAUUUGUGGUGCAGUGGCUCAUCCGGCUGUAUUUUCAGCGCAGGAGAAGAAGAAUCAACUGAAAGGAAUGGAUCCAGAGGAGAGCGUAUCACGCAUUUAGGAGGAGGAGGGCGUUUCUCUGCCUGUCCCGUGAUCUCUGACUCCUGCUUUUGCACUAUGAUGAUGAUGACAACUCUUAACAAUUAGCGCACGGAAAGACAGAGUGAAUGUACAGCAUUGCAGCUUAUAAGAUUUGUUUUGUACUUUUUUUUUUUUUACAAUUUACUAAGCGAGAAAUCUCUGAUUUGGGUAAUUAAAAGUAGAAUUACGAUCUUUCAUAGUAGUUAUGAAAAUCCAGUUAUAACAUUCAUGUCACAUAUAUCAUCAGUGUUGUGCACAUAGCUGCUAACUGUCAUUAAUACUGUAGCAAAGAGUAGAGCACUGAUGAGAAGUGCAUUUCUCUGAAUCUCGGCACGUUUAGCAGGGCUUUGAACCGUAAUGGGAACAAAUCAGGACCCGCAAAUCUGUUAAAGCUAGUAACAUUUUUAAUAUACAUGUUAACAUCUAUACUUGGCGUUUGCUCAAGUGAUCUGUGGUGCUGAUCCAAGCCAUAAAUAAUAAUAAAAAAUCAUGCAUAUUUAAGUGACCCUUUGCUUUGCAAACUUAUAGAAAGGGUCAGAAGAUGUUCUUCAUUCCCUCAAUAUCCCAUGAUUCCUGAAAGAUCCGACCUUAACAUAUUUAAAAUAUCUAAAUGUCACUGCAUUAGAUACAGAAGAUUAAAGCAAGCAUAGUUUAUUUUAAAUAAAAAUAACAAGCACACUUUAAGAACAUUUCACAAAAAAACAGUAUAGAGAAAAGCAUGAUGCAGACGCAGUGACGUUCAGACGGAUGUUAGCGUGAUUCAGGUGUGCAAAUAUUUUUUGGGUCCAGUGUAUUUUGUCACAUUUACACACAUAUCUCAACAUGGUUGCAUCGUUACUAAAGUUAAUUUAUGGCUGUGCUGAAUUAUUUGAAUGUUACUGCAAGGUCUGUGUGCAUGAGAAAUCAUAAACCUGUCUACGUUCACAGGGUUGAGAUUGAAAUGUAAAGCACUUUGGAUGAACGUGAAGACAGUGACAUAAUAUCUAAUGUUUAGAGCCCUAAAACUAAUAAUUAUGAAUCAUUUACUGUUUUUUAACUGAGAAGUGUGUUGUUUCAUUGUAGUUUGUGUAAAAUAGUCAAUAAUGUUAAUAAUUCCUUUAAUAACUGUAUAUUAGAAAUGUGCGAAAAUAUACAGUUAUAUUUUAAUUGUACUAUAGUGUAAUGUAGCAUUUGCAUAUAUAAUUUAUGUCUGUACUACUAUGAAUCAUCUGUAGAGCAGGAGGUUCUUGAUGCUUUUCUGUUUCUAUUAAAACGGCAUAAAAAUAUGAUCAGCGCAUGUUUCACCACUGUCAUUCAAUAUGUUAGACUUGAGCAUUAUUAAAAGCUUUUGAAAAACUGAA